CGCACGCUACCGACGCUGUAACGAGCACGUCGCGCAGCCAAGGAGAUAGCGAGUGCGCCAAGUUCGCUCGGUGAAGAGAAAAGACCACGACGAGAAACUCCCGCGAGCUGUUCGUUGCCUUCUCCUUUUUGUGCGCCAGACGACGACAACGACGGGAGAAGCGUCGGUGGUCGUCUCGACGACGCGAUGGGUGCGCAGCGCAGUGCCCGCUGGAUAAUAUGAGUGGCCCGAGCGGAUUGCACGACUCGCACGAAGCCGCCGUCGGCAGCACGGAGAGCGGCCCGAGGCCGCCACUGGGAGCAGCCGGACCGCCGACAGCGCGGUGCACGGGGGAGUCCGGUCCACGAUGACCCACGCUACCCUGGCGGCGAUGCUGCUGCUUCUGGCUGCUACCUGGCAAUGCGACGGCGCCCAACGGGUGCACGAGAGGCUGUCGGACUCCGAGAUCCGGCGCGUCUUCCGAGUGGCAUCGCGGGAAGAGGUGCCCCAGUACGAGCUCGUGCAACUGCGCGCUCGGAGGCACCAGCGCUCGGAGCGCGAAGUGGGCGGCGGCGGCGACCGGAAGGCGGUGUCCCUGCGCGCCUUCGGACGCCGCUUCGACCUGAGGCUUAAGCGGAACCGGGACUUCGAGCAGCGCGCCGCCAGGCUUCAGGUGCUGGCCGCAGAGAGCACGCCCAACGGACUCGCCUACACGCCACUCAGGGCAAAGGAUGAGGAGGUGCCCGAUGACCUCUGGUCCAGAGCAGGCGCUUACCAGGACCACACCAACAUGGCCGCCCUCGUCCUCAGUCAAGACAAGCUGGGACACCUUCGCAUGGAGGGGACGCUCGGAGAAGACCUCGCCAUCUCUCCUCUUCCAACGCGGCUGAACGUGAGCGCCGACGAAACUUACUACGACGCCAGGGGCAACGCAGAUGACGAGGGAUUCUUGGACGAGGACGACGCCUCGCCCAGGCACGUGGUCUUCAAACGACCCGGCAGCAGCGAGUCAUCCUCGACCUUUGGCACCGGAGGUGACGCCAAGGGCGACCCACUCAGUGACUACGCGCACCUGGACGACGCCUUCUUUAGGUAUAGGAUCGUGAGGAACAGAACGUCAACAACGGCACCACCUCCGCUCCAGAAGCUCGGCCACAAGUCUCGGCGACGGCGGGCCUCCGACCCGGACACCGUGUGGCCGGAGAUACUGUUGAUCGUCGAUUACGACACGUACCUCCUACAUGGCCGCAGUCACACGGAUAUCAAGCGCUACCUGGUCAGCUUCUGGAACGGCGUAGACUUGCGCUACCGGCUGCUCUCCAGUCCGCGGGUCAAAAUCAGCCUGGCGGGAAUGAUCGUGGCCAAGGACCGCGACGCGACGCCCUACCUGGAGCGGAAUCGGCUUCGGGCGCCCAACGAGGACGCCAUCGACGUAGCCGGAGCGCUGACCGACAUGGGGAAGUACCUGUACCGCGAGGACCGACUGCCCACCUACGACCUAGCGGUAGUGGUUACCAAGCUGGACAUGUGCCGCCGGCACCUGGAAGGCGGCCGCUGUAACCGUGGUACGGCCGGGUUCGCCUACGUCGGUGGCGCCUGCGUGGUCAACAAGCGACUGGAGAAGGUCAACAGCGUGGCCAUCAUCGAAGACAGCGGCGGUUUCUCGGGCAUCAUCGUGGCUGCUCACGAGGUCGGACACUUGCUGGGGUGCGUCCACGACGGAUCUCCGGCGCCUGGAUACCUCGGAGGUCCCGGCGCCCAGCGGUGUCCCUGGGAAGACGGCUUCAUCAUGAGCGACCUGCGGCACACGGAACGAGGUUUCCGCUGGUCAUCGUGUAGCGUGCAGCAGUUCCGCCACUUCCUGUUGGGCGAGACGGCCAGCUGCCUCUACAACUACCCGCAUGAGAACCAGCUGCUGGCACGCAUGCUGCCUGGUUCCAUGCUUAGCCUCGACGACCAGUGCCGAAGAGACCGAGGAACCACCGCUUGCUUCAAGGACUCCCGUGUGUGCGCCCAGCUGUUCUGCUACGAUAGCUCGUCGGGCUACUGCGUCUCCUAUCGACCGGCCGCCGAGGGAUCACCCUGCGGAGACGGUCAAACGUGCAAGAAUGGCCGCUGCAUUGCCGAGAUCGAAAACAUCAUCCCGGACUACACGCACGUGACGCCGUCGUUCGCCAGCGGCCGCUCGGUGGGCGGACGAGGAGGAGGCGCCGACGUGGCACGCCGACGGGCAGACUUCUCGGCCGAGGUGGUGGACGGUCCGCGGCCGCACCUGAUGCCGGCGCCGCCGCCGCCCCCGCCCCCGUCGCACCACCCGUCUGUGAGCCGAUCCCGGCAUCCGCAGCACCUCAGGCCCGCCCACCACCCACGCACCACGAGAAAACCACGCGCACUGGUGGCCAACGACAAAGGUUGCGUCGGAGACAGCACCGAGCUGAUCGCCGGCCGCAUGACGUGCGCCCAGUUCCUGGAGCAAUUCGGCAACCGCUACUGCAACCACGGCUACAUCCAGAGGCACUGCUGUUACUCGCAGAGCCUUUACUGCUCCUAAAAAGACAGCCUGUGAUGUGACGCACUACCCAAGGCGAACGUACCUCAGCCACCAAAAAGAAGCAGGAGACGACGCGCACAGGAGGCAGAGAAGACGGCCCUGCCUGUUGCCAGUGGAGAGGACGUCCUCCGAGAUCCGUUACGUGCGCAGACCAUUGCACGGAAGGCCCACAGUCAGGAGCUGGCAGUGUUCUGAGGCUCCGAUGGAGUCCUCCUCGUUGUUUUUGUUUUUUAUACUUGUUUUACGGACGUUGUUGAACUGCUCGAACGACCUCGUGUCGGACAAGUCCGCGCAAGAGUUGUACGCACCCGGCAAGGACUUUCAACGGUGUACUUCUGACGCGUCCCGCAAGAGAAAGUGCUUCAAGGUAAUCGGUACGCGCGUCGGAGCCGGUGAAUGCACGUUGACAUAUGUCGCGAAGGACGGUGUUAUAGCGCAGAAGCGUUGACGGUGUCGGCGCUUAGAAAUGUUCACAGCCCACAAGGCGGCGGGGCAAGCGAAGAUAUUCGAUUACAGCGAACACACACAUAACCGCGGAAUCGUGUGCCAAUAGCGCGGGACGACAGAGUUUUGGCCUUGCUUGCUGUGAACAUGUCUGACGCCCGGACAUAUUGCUUAGGUACAUACGCGACUUCACGACAGCCGGACAGGUGAAGCAGGUACGUGUUCUUCGCUAAAUAGGUGUACAGGUGCUUUUCGUAGUCCGCAGGUGAGCUGAUUCCAUAAAGGACAAGGCUUGAAGUUCUGUCGAGUUUUGUCUUUCAAGUAGGAAAAAAAAAAAAGCGUGGCGAUCAUACGAGCUCGUCCUUUCGGCUAUAGCCAGGAAUGUCUUGCUUUACGAGCCAUCUUACGGAGUUAUACGGAAACACAGGAAGGCACGAGUAUAUUCUUGUUAUCUUGUUAUUGUGUGCUCUUGGCUGUCGCACAGCCGUCAUUUCACGAGUGUUGGCACUUCAUCUGCAAGCGUUCGGCAUAUCAGUUGCUGAUCUUUCGCACACGGUGUCUCUGAACGCUGAGGCAAACUUCGAAAUGCCGUAACGGGGCGACAGCGUCGGGAAAUAACUGCAACAGAAAAUUCCUAGUUUCAUUCCACUAGACAUCGCUGACCUCUUACUUCUAUUUUCAUUGCAUGAAGAAAAAGGUUCGCUGUUAAAGGCUUCAGCUCCUCUCACCACUUAUCUUUCCGUAAUUGAGAGACGCCCAAUUAAGGAAAUUUUGAGGGGACCACAUUGAAAGGAUUAGUACGUUUCAAUGCAUACCACACACUAUAGACUUGAAUCAGUCCCUAGCACGAAAAAAAAGUACUUAAAAGUUGCUCAGUGUGCACAAUAGAGUUUUACAUAACGGCAUGCUCUUAGGUAGCACCAAUAAGCAAGACGGGUACCCUACAGUAAAGAAAUGUCUUUCUAUGCACGCUCCAUACAACAUUCCAUACUUACUAUUUGUCCAGUGAAAAAGUUAUGUUCACUGUGAACAAAGAAAAAAAGAAAGAAAGGAAACACUUAUGUAACAGACCCAGCCGUGCCUGCUAGCCGCGCAUCGUGACGGCGCUUCAUUAUUGAAGUGAUGAUGGGCGUUGAAAUGCGGCAUUGGCCAUGCCAAGUUGUGCAGCUCUUCGACUUCGUUUCGCGUAGCGUUAACGUCGAAUGCUGCUGUCGUUUGAACGCGAAAGCAGCGUAAAGCUACAAAAAAAAAAGGUGUAUCGCUCUCAGAACGACUCAAACCACUGCGCCAUGACCCAACGCAAUAUUGAAGUCGUAGUGAUUCACUUACAGUUUUCACAGGGAAACCGCUGAAUCCGUGCCCACGUGUUCACUUUUCUCCGCGAACAGUGAGUACAGAAAUCGCGUCUGUACACCGGCGAGCAAAGAAGCGGCGACAGAUGGCGCUCCGCAUUCGAAGAACGGAGUGACGCGUCACAUUUCGUCGGUGCAUGUAUUCUGCUUCGCCAAAGCGAUGGGAACGACUCCCGAAGAGCUCGCGUGACUCGCCGUUGGCGCAUGCGCGUGCCAGCGUCACUUACGACCAACAGUGGUGAUCUACGAACUGCGACAACGAGACGGGACGAUGUGCGUUCAGUGAUAUUAUACAUACCCUUCUGUGCAGCCAAGCAGCCAGACCGGAUAUUCGAAGCGACCUCUUUAUUACAUCGCCACAUAGAUAACAGGAAGGCAUCUUGUCAACAUCUGUCGGACAAAGUGAACCACUUCUAUGGCCUCCACUUUCUUUUUUUUUUAUCUAGACUGACGUGUUCAUUCGUUUUAGUUUAUUGUGUCUGGUCCGGGACAAAAGUGAUGUUGCGAGCCAGCUAAAUACGUAGGUAAUUUUUCUUCUUCUGUUAUCUAAGUGGCUUUGUUCCGUAAGGAUUCUCGGUAGACGCCGAACGGGCGGUAAGGGCCGGCGACAUUUUAAGCGCACUUUGUUGCUCAGAAACAUGACGGUUCUCACUUGACUGUAGGUCACUUCUUAGGAAAUGUUGCUGUUUGUUUCGUGAACGUCAUUGUGAUAUAUUGGCAUCCACCGAAAUGUCGGCAUUCCCCGCAAUACCAUCACGCGGAAUCGUACCGGGCUGCUAUUCUAGACAUUGUCAUAUUCCUCCAUGUUAUCAAAUUCCGCCACUGGUCAACCCUAUUGGCCCUGAGAGCUGCUACGGCCUCUCUGAUUGGCUUAAAAUGCCGCCAUUGCAAAAUUCGACAAUAUGGCGGCAUUCGACAGUGUCCGUAAUAGCACCCGCGGUCCAUAUCGGUACUGUAAGCGCUCGAGGCAACCAGCCGACAAGUACAAGUCGGCAAAGCACGUACACCAGCUCUUUUCUUCGUACAAAGCGGUGUAUGUUUUAUACUUGGACGCCACGAGUAAGCGCAUUACUGCUUUCAGAAAAGGAGCGCGAGAGUCAGGCCUGGUGCACGCCGAAGCGUCGUCUUUAGUCAAGCCCCUCUUAACAUUCCAGUGUUGCAUAUUGCCGUUUAGCCAGAAGGGAAUGUGAAACUGCAAGCACACUAAUAAGUUUAUCUGCGCUCAGUGCAAAUAAUAUUUCCAAUGUAAUCAAGGAGACUGUACUUAUCGUCUUAGGCGUGCGUAGGGUCCUCCAUUAGGGGGCCCCGCAAUGGGUGGAAAAAUGAAAAUGAAACGAUGACGUGUUUCUCACAAAGGCCUGUCAUUGGUCCCCGGCUUUCCGGGGUAGAGAUGGGACGUGAACAGUUCUUUGAAUGCAUCAUCAGCGGUCCUUGGCCGCCAUUAUUGUCAAAAAAACAUGCGUAGCCAUAACCCUGCGCAUUAAAAAAUGACGUGAAAGGUCCCACUGAGUAAAGUUAUGAGGCAGAACUGGCGCCCCCCUUUAGAUGAUAAGAGCCCCCCCCCCCCCCCCCUGUGCGCACGCCUAUGCUUAUCGUACGAGGAUUCAGAGUAGACGCGACGUGGAACGAUACACGGGAACUGCUCUCCAUGGGGGUGAUUGGUACAGCCCGCUUGCGCCGCCUCAUUUACAAUGAGGCGUCUACCGAGAAACCUGAGCCAAAGCGCAGUGCAGUGCGACGUCUUCGUGACGUCACCGCACACGUACGAGCACAAGGUGGCGGAGUGCGUCCCGCGAUAUGCAUGUAAAAAUCCCUGGGACGAACUUCGCGGUCCGUGGUGCUUCAGGGCAGCCGCGAGGAAGCGUGGUGAUCACGCGUCCAUCGCGGGCGGCCCUCUAGCGGUCUGUUUUCUGUCUGUUAAGCUUCUGUUCCCUCUCACGGAAGAGUAUUUAUAAACCAUUACCAAAACGCGAGAAAAAAAAAAGAGAAAAAAAGACGAAAAAGAUUAAUAAACUUGUUUUUU